AUGGCGGAUGCUUCUGAAAGCCCUGGCGUCGAGCCUCUCUUCUUCAUGCAGAAGCUUUCGCCUGUUGUCUCAUACUACCGGCCACAAACCAGCGACGCCAAAAGCAUUGCCAUUUCUGAUCCAUCGCUCGUCAUCAUUGCCUCAUGGACCGAUGCGCGGGACGUGCACAUCGCCAAGUACAUCUCGAAGUACCAACAGUACUACCCUACAGCACCAAUUCUCCUGAUUCAAAGCACAUCGAAGCUCUUCCUGAACCCGUCUACGAUUGGCCCUGCUGUACGACCUGCUGUUAGUGUUAUCCGCGCUGCCGUUGGCUCCAAGCCAUCAUCUGAUUCCUCGGCCCAAAUUCUGCUGCACAUCUUUUCCAAUGGCGGUUCGUCGAGCAUGGCGGAGCUGUACAAAGAGUACGCUGCAACAGCAACAGCAGGGGAGACCACACAGAUCCCCCUGCACAUCACCAUCUUUGACUCCUCGCCGUCUAUUUAUCGCAUAGAACGAGCAAUGGCGUUUCUGAGUGUCGGCAUGUCCCCUAUACAGCGGAUGCUUGCGGCCCCAUUCUUCUAUUUAUUGGCAUCGGCAUACGCGGCCCUAAUUUUCCUGGGCGUGUGGGAGGACAUGCAAGUAGUUUGGGGUGAUCGCCACAAUGAUCCCGAGACUGUGUUGGAGACACGCAGAACCUACAUUUAUAGCGAUACCGACAAACUUGUUGGCGCCAUUGACGUCGAGGCACAUGCAGAGAAGGCAGAGAGGGCCGGCUUCACGGUUAGGAGAGAGCGAUUCCGAGGCUCGGAACACGUAUCGCAUGCCAGGAAGGAUGAGAUGAGAUACUGGGACAUCGUCAGAGGGACAUGGGAUGAAGCAUACUCCGGAAAAUAG